CUCUGUUUCUUACAUUUGUUUUUAUACGUGUCGGUUUCGUCUUUACGUGUCAUUUUAUUUACGAAGAAGAGAAGCCUUUGUACAAAAAAAUCCAAACAACAACAACGAAAUAAAAAUGGCCCCACCACAGAGAAUGCGCGUUGCUAAUGAAAAAGCCAGCAAAUAUAUUACAAUGCGUGGCAAUGUACCAAAAUCUUCGAAAGCUAAAGAAGGACAAUACCCCGUUGGACCCUGGCUCUUAGCACUUUUCAUUUUUGUUGUUUGUGGCUCAGCAAUUUUCCAAAUUAUCCAAUCCAUUCGAGCAGCGUAAAUGAUUUAAACUUAUUGAAAUUGGAAGCAUUUUUCUUUGGCUAAAUUUAACAAUAACAACAAUACACAUUUUAACCACUCACACACCAAGCUCACAGCAACAACAACAACUUCCAUGCUACAACAAAAUACUAAGACAAGACAAGUUAACCAAAAAAGCAGUCAAUCAUUAUUAGCCAAAAAAGGAAUGAACAAAAAAGAAAAGAUGUGUUUUUUAACUUUGCUAAAACAAACAAUUGUAAACAAAAAUGUUAAAGACCGACCUUAAACUAAACUACAAUAUAAAAUUUGCUAAUUAUGUCUUUUUACACAUAUUUUGAUAAAAUCUUGUUACAAAAUAUGUUUUAGUUUGUAGUAUGCUUUCUCUCGAUAUUUUAAAUGCAUUCCUUUUUGUUUGUUCGUGGAAAGAAAAGAAUGAUAUUUGUACUGUUUCUUAAAUGUUAUAUUCAAAAACAUUUGUUCAUAUAUAGCUUUUCUUACUACUCGGUUUAUUUUUUUUAAAUAUAAUUUACCUUUUCCGUUCAUUAA